CUUAUUCUCUGUGGCACCCAUCUUUUAGUUAACACUCCGCCUUUUUCGCGUUGCUUGCGCCCUAUCUCCCUCCCCUCUUACUUUACCUUACCUUACCUUACCUUAGGUUAGGUACCUGAUAACCAACCUGAUAUACACGCUAUUAGGGGAAUCUAUAGCUAUUUCUUACUUUCUAAUACGCCAGCCCCGGCUUGCUUACGCUUUAAUAUUCGCCGGCCGAACCAUAUCCCCUGAAAAAACCGACGCUACUGGAUAUAACCUGUCUUCAUCCCGGGCCGUUGUUGACUCACCCCCUUACUUCAAUCUUUGUUGAUCAACUUCGACACCUAAACACGUCAACCCGUGAGGUCCUUCCUACAUCGCGUAACCAUGGUUUCCGACGAGACGUUCGAGAUAUGCCUUCCUGUUCUGCAGGAUCCGAAUCUUGACGACGACGACAAGACGGACAAAAUCGAGGAGCUCCUAAAGAAUGAGACACCCCUGAGUGGUUCGGCUUUGGAGAAUGCGGUACUGGAUGUGCUAUGGCGAUACCGCGAAGGGGGAGGCAGUGCGACUUCACCUCCCCCGAUACGACAGACUAUCCUUCGUCGGCCUUCUCCAGCCUCGUGGCGGGGCUCGUCAACUCCUUUGUCGGGCUCACCUCGAUUAGGGGUAAGCCCCCUGGCCCCGCCGGGCUUUAUUCCGACAAGCCUCAGCCGGACUAAGUCCUCGACCGUAUCGCCCUUCUCAUCCCCGCGUCCAUCACCGCGACUCGCAUUCUCCGCCCCGGUAAUACCCCAUAGUCCGAAUCUAAAUGCCUACGAAUUUGCCAAUGACACGAGCCCUUCUCAAGAAAUAUUCGGUGACUUGCAGGCUGAAAAUGUUGAUUGGUUAGUGAAUGACGAUGCACUCAGUAUUGCUUCCUCUGUGGGCACGUCCAGCGGCCUCAACGCUGCAGCUCCCGAGUACGUGUCUGCUCAGCAGUGGGAUAUGACACCGUAUGAUAUGCUGCGCUCGAUCCUAGGACAAUCCAAGACUGAUGAAGAGAUCGAGUUGGCGCUUUCUAUGCACGGAUACGACCUCAGUGCUACCAUUGCGUCCAUAAUGGAGUCUCAAGCUCAAGACUCGACGAAUGUUUCAGGACUUACUCCCGAAUCGAAGAGCGUACUUAUUGGCAAAUCUAUGACACCAGAUGGAAGACCUACGACACCAUCAACUCAGGGGAAAGCUGGCAUAAUAUGCAAGUUCUACCUCUCUACUGGCCAGUGUCUCCGAGCAGACUGUCGAUUCAGUCAUGAUCUUAGCAACCAUCUCUGCAAGUACUGGGUUACGGGCAACUGCUUGGCCGGGGAUACGUGCAUUUUCUCCCAUGAUCCAGCUCACCUUAUAAACCGCCUCAACGUGGACGAUAAUAACACCCCACAGAAAAGUCAGAACCUACAGGUUCAGGAUUUCAGCUCUUUCCCGUCCCUACGACCAGGCACUCCGGAGCUGAAUCCUUAUGCUGCUAGUUUUAGUUACCCAGCCUCCGGCGUAACCCCACCACCUGGACUGAAGCCCUACGGAGGCAAUGACAAUUCCCGCCCUCGCUCGCGGCCGGGAAGCCGGCAUCAGGCCAAAGAGGGUAUGAGUGCGCCCCCAAUAGAUGAUAAUGAUGCAUUCCCCUCUCUUGGAUCUGCGUCUGCCAAGCCUAACAAGAAACACCAUGGUAAACGUGGUGGCCAUGGCCAUGGCCACAAAGAUAACUUCACACCAAGUUCUCUUGCGGAUAUCGUAAAAAUGUCACCGUCUCCUGGGCCCGGAUCUGGGUCCAGUCGGCAAGAAUCGAAGAAGAUCGGCCGCAAUGGAAGUGCUAGUAGUAUUAAGAAUGGAGAAAACAGUGCUGCCGCCCAAAAUAUCCCCAUGCCCAGACACAUUCCGUGGCUGGAAACAGGAGAAAAGGCAAAUAAGGCUUAUCUGAAGGCUCGCCAGGAGGCUAUCAAACAUGGUGGGCUCCGUAACAAGUUCUUACAAAGCGCUGCGCAAGCUUGGAACCGCAACGAUGCUCGAGCGGCGAAGGCUCUUAGUCUCCGAGGACAGAGCGAGAAUGACCUGAUGCGAAAAGCUCACCGGGAAGCUGCUCGGGAGUUGUAUGAGGAGCGUAACAAGCAAAAUUCGCCCAACGCGGAGAUCUUUGUAGAUCUGCACGGCCUUCACCCAGACGAAGCUGUUGAGUAUCUGGAGAAAGUACUCCUGGACAACAGUAAGGAAACGCGACCCGUAUACGCCAUUACCGGGACCGGCCACCAUAGUAAGAACGGAAAAGAUAAAGUUGGCAAGGCAAUCAGGAACUUCCUUAACGAGUGGAGAUACGCAUACCGUGAGUUUUCGGUUCCUGGGGACCGGAACAACAUGGGAGGCAUUCUCGGGAUCGACGCCAGGAGCUGGGACAAGUCUCUUGCAAGAGAGGGUUCAAAGGACAAGGAGGAAUCGAAGGAGGACGUGGAUAUCCUAAGCCAAGGAGUUGAAAUUGGGGACGGAAAAGUUAGGCUCCUCGUCCGUGACCCUCCUAAGGGACCUAGCAACAGGGCACGGUGACUAGUAGCAGAUGAUAUCGUGAAUAAAGCAAGUUGAAAUGUUUUUUAUAAUAGCGUCUUGGACUUAUUUAGGGGCCCGGUGACUAUCUAACUUAGGUAUUACUUGCAAUAGCCGAUA